GAUCAUUCCUGGAUUUGUCUGAGGUAAGUGUGAUAUCGGAGGACGGUUGUCUGCUUUUUUUUGCGAUUUAAAAGACGAUUUUUAUCCCAGAGUUCGGCUACCACAUCAGUUUUGGUCAACAAAAACGACUUUCGAUGAUUCUCUGGAUUUCCGGCGCCAAAUAUUCGCCUUUCUCUAAUGUGUCUUUGUGCUGUUGUUUCGUUUCAGGUCUGAGUCGGUCUCAGUGAAGAUCUGGCGUCGAGGAUUUUUCAACUGUGUGCGAAGAUCAAAGCCCAAAAAAACUCAAUUUUUCUACUCGAGUAACGGACAUUCGCUUACUACUUUUUUGCUCCAGAUUGUUCAAGAAGGAAAAGCUCAAUUUCAGCCACCACAAUCCCGCCCAUUAUGCCAUUUUUCAGCCAAUAAUGCUAAAGUCAUGACAGUUUACGUUGUCUUAAACUGUUAAAAAGCUGAAAAUUGUUGCUGUUAAGCACAAUAUAUUAAUAGCAACCCGAGACGCAGAGGAGAGGUAUUAAUAGUAAGUGUUCUUUCAAACCAAUUUGAAUCGAAACGACGUAAUAUCAGUUAACCAGUUGUCUGUGUUGAAAAUGAUUCCAGAUAUAUAAAUAGAGACUAAAAGUUCCUAGCUGUAUCGAGCGGGGCGACCUAACUGCGCCACGCUUUCUAGAAGCAGACAGCAUGCUGAGAUAAAGCGAGACAGAGCUAGCUAGUGUAUGAUGAGCUCACACCGCAAAGCCAGAGCAGCGGCUUCAACGCCCUGCUUCUCUUUGUGUGUGAGACGGAGCAAUCCUAAUGAUUAGGAAAGUAACGAUAAAUCAUCGAAUAAUAAGCUAGCCAUCGCUGAUCAUAAGCAAUCUGUACAUAAAGAUUGCCAUAGGCAGAGCCAGGAAGUGACUGCAUUCAAUUGGGGCUUUUUAUAAACUGCAUUCUUUUCAAAGGAGAGCUCACUGGAACAAUCAACGCAAUCUACACAUAAAGAUUGCCAAGUGGCGCCUGUGGAUUUAGCCGAACCAGACUGAAAAGCAACAUUUUCUUCAUAAUAAUGUCGUUAGGUCUUAUUAGUUGGCGGAACUGGAUGCCGUUGAGCUAGCUUGGUGAAAUAAACCUCCCUAGGCAAUGAUAAUUUAUACAAAUGCAUAGCAGUCUGCCUAUAAAGAUUGCAUUUUUUGUGUUGUGUGCUUAACGAGUGCGUAGAUAGGCUAUUAUUUGUCUUGUCGAUUUUGCUUUAAAAUGGCGGACGGGUUGUCCUUUGCUCGGAUCACUCGAGGCAAUGGUGGCUUUGUUUUUCUCACUGGAUCUACGGGAAAUACUGUAGUUCGGAACGGCUGUCUCGCGUCGCCAUCAUCCCCAUAUACAGCUCGAGGUAUCGUCUUAAUAUCCGUGAGUCGCUAGCGGGGUAAAUAUAGUAGCACUUUGUAAACGAGCAGGACAAAUGGCAGGCGGGGGGACGUAGCCGUUGUAUUUUUAAAAACUUGUUGGAAUUCAAAGAUGGCGACCGGGCACCCGUUCUAUCUAGCGCAGCGCGUACACGAAGACAAGUGGUUAAAGAUAGUGGGCGUGGCUUGUCUCCGACUUCAGCCAAUCAGGGGAGCCACUGUCAGCUCACGGCGAGCUGCUUAUAUGAGAGAGGGAGACUUCGACAGAUGGCAUAUCAAAUCCCCCCGUGACCAUAAAUUCAUAUUACUGGCCUUUAGUGAGAACAACACUGGAUGCUUUGUGUUGACGAGUUCUAACACUAAACCUUUGGGCGGUUUGCUUAAAGAUGCCAGUUUUUGUGCUACACUCGAUUAAAAAGUGAAAGUAAGGCUACAUGGUCUUGUAGGAAGUGUGUUUAUACAGGACAGGCUGUAAUGUACGUUUAAAAGUUCAACAGUGUGUUUCUUCACAUCUGCAUUUCAUCCAAAACCUUGACAGAUACAAUGUUAAUCUAUUCUUUCCAGGGAAUGUACAAUCUUGUUGACUUUUUCUUGUUUGUUAUGACAACUGUGACGUUUCCAGGAAUUGUGUGUAUUGUUCCGUGUUCCGUGACUAUAAAAAGUUCUUCAACAACAGUGUUACGGUAAGCAGCUAUGGCCGUGGGCCCGGUGGACCCCAGAGAGGUGUUGAAAGGAGUUGAAGCUCUGCUGGGGAAGGAUGGAGAACUACGAAGCCUUGAGGGAGUUGCUAAAGUCUUCAGUCUCAUGAAGGCCUCGCAUAAAAUGGUCAGCAGAUGCAUGUAUCUGAACAUCUUACUACAGACGAAAUCACAUGAUGUGCUUAAUCGGUUUAUUCGAGUUGGAGGCUACAAGUUGUUGAACUCUUGGCUCACCUACUCAAAGACCACCACCAACACCCCCUUGCUGCAGCUCAUACUGCUCACCCUGCAGAAGCUCCCCCUGACUGUGGACCACCUCAAACAGAACAACACAGCCAAGCUGGUGAAACAUCUGAGCAAGAGUGGCGAGACAGAAGAGCUGAGAAAGCUGGCGUCUGUGCUGGUGGAUGGCUGGAUGGCUAUUAUUCGCUCUCAGAGUGUUUCCAGUGGAGCGUCUCCCAAUGACAAGAAACGGAAAAAGGAGGAUGGAAAAGUGCGUCCAGAGGUGAAGCCCAAAGAAAAGGGAGCAGAUGAGGAGAAGAAGAAAGACAAACCAAAAGCUUAUGCGCCAAGUCACGCAAAGAUCCGUUCUACAGGUUUGGAGGUGGAGAGUCCAGCUCCAGUUCCUGUAAAGAAACCUCCCACUGCACCCCAGCUUGGAGACAAAUACAACAUCAAGCCAGCUGUUCUUAAAAGACCAAGCACAUCUCCGACUGAUGCACCACCAGUGGAGAAGAAGUACAAGCCCCUUAACACCACCCCCAACUCCGCCAAAGAGAUCAAAGUCAAACUUAUACCCCCACAGCCAAUGGAAGCCACUGGAUUUUUGGAUGCCCUCAACUCCGCUCCAGUGCCUGGCAUCAAGAUCAAGAAAAAGAAACCAAAAGCAGUUUCCCCAACCACUAACAAGCCCUGUCCGUUUGACAGCAGGCCGCAGUCAUACUCUGGCACACAGGCCAAACCGUCGUCCCCUGAGACGCCCUCAUCUCAGACGCCUCCUCAUGAGAACCAAGAGCUGGAGCAACCCGGCACACCCGUGCCCACCGAGGACCCCGAAGCUAUGGAAACCGGUGAUAAACCCAAUGCUCUGUCUGAACCUCGUGGUGAGGAGGAGAGUCUGACUAAGAAAGGAAAGAAGAAGAAAAGUGUUCGGUGGGCGGAAGAGGAUCAUCUCAAAGAGUACUUCUACUUUGACCUGGAUGAGACUGAGAGAGUAAACGUUAAUAAAAUUAAGGACUUUGGUGAGGCGGCUAAACGGGAGCUGAUGAUGGACAGGCAGACGUUUGAGAUGGCUCGCCGUCUUUCUCACGACACCAUGGAGGAGAGGGUGCCCUGGACUCCUCCGCGACCUUUGACCCUCGUAGGCAGCCUGGUCAUGCCUGGUUCCAGCAGCAGAGAGAAGAUGAUCCAGAGAGACCGAGAGAUGGGCAUCCUGCAGGAGAUCUUCCUCAGCAAAGAGAGUGUUCCAGACAGUCCUCAUGAGCCAGACCCUGAGCCGUAUGAGCCCAUGCCUCCUCGUCUCAUCCCACUAGAUGAGGACUGCAGUAUGGAGGAGAAUUACAUGGAGCCUGCUGAUGCUGCUGCCUCUGGUGGCCCUUCAGGCUCUAAUGAAGGCUCCAAGCUGCCUCCUGUUCUUGCUAACCUCAUGGGAAGUCUGGGCAACAGCGGCCGCAGCCCUCAGGCGCAAGGCAACGCCCCACCUACCAGCAAUAACCCUGCUGUUAAUGUGCAGGAACUACUCACAUCUAUUAUGGGUGCUCAGGGAUCUAACCAGUCUCCAGAGGACCUGAUCAAACAGCCUGAUUUCUCAGAUAAGAUCAAGCAGCUUUUGGGCUCCCUGCAACAAAACCAGAACCAGAAUCAGAACCAGCCUGCCAAUGCUCCGCCAAUGAACACGGGUCUGCUUGGCCACGGCCCCGGCCCCGGCAUGAACAUGAACAACAUGCCGAUGCCCAUGAAUGGAGGUUUCCCUCCAAACAAGCCGCCUGGACCACAUUUCAACCAUCCUCCUCCUCCUCACGGCCACGGCCCACCCUUCAACGCCGGCGGCCCGCGCAUGAUGGGCCCCCCGCCCGGUCCACAGGGCCGCGGAGCGGACAACGGCAACUACUGGGGCGACGACUCCAUGAGAGGAGGCCCACACCGAGGAGGACACUUCCACCGGGGGAGAGGAAGAGGAGGAGAUCCGGGCUUCAGAGGACGAGGGGGACGCGGAGGACCACGUGGGGGACAUAACAACAUGGGCGACAUGUCGAAGAGACCAGUGUGUCGCCAUUUCAUGAUGAAGGGAAAUUGUCGGUAUGAAAACAACUGUGCGUUUUACCACCCCGGUGUAAACGGACCACCACUUCCUCCCCAGCACGGACACUAACGCACUGAAAACUGCUGUUCCACAAACUCUCCACUAGUGGGCAACAGGGCUCAAAACGAGCCCCGUGUACAGUGACUGAAUCAGGGGAUGUUUGCGUCUGUGACCGCACAAUCCCACCUGCUUUCUCCGACUGUACAGCUGCUUCAUCAGGAUCUGAACAUUAGUUUCUUCUCCAUUUUACACAUCUGGAAAGCUGUGAGAAGAUCCGAGAUCCUCCAUGAGAAGUCAAACAGUGACUAAACCCAUUACUUGACUUUGCGGUGUAAAUAGCGAUUCCUGGAGAUGGUGACUGAGAUGUGUAUAUUUUUUAUUGUGAUUCUGUGUACCACUGAUCUGACUGCUAAAGAUUGUACUACAUAACCACUAGGACUUGGUGUAAAUAAUGGUCUUCAGCCAGUGGUCUACAGUUACUUAAGCUUCUCCUUCCUGAUGGCCAAAAGAUACUGGAUGUGCAGUUUUCUAAAUUAUAAUUUGCACAUCAGUUGCAUAAUGAAAUGGAUACUUACAGCACAGAAAUUUUAUUUUAAGGUUGAAUUCAGUCCCUCUGAAGUUGCCGUACUGUCUAAUGUUUUAUUUUCAGGUUUCUAUUGAAGAGGGAGAAACCAUACUUCAAUGAAAUGUGUAGAUGCUUUCAAAUUUCCAAGUUUUCGGUCAGUUGGCAUGAAAAGUGCCUCACACAUGGUCCUUCUUUUUUCAGUCCACGAGUUUUAGUUUCAGAAAUCCUGAAACGUAUCCAUGAAUUGGCAUUAUGUUCACUUUAUGCCCCUCAGAGCUAUUACCUUUUGCAUCUGGGCACAAAAUACAGCAUUUUUGAAGUCCCGUUUGAAUACUUGAAUUGACACGUUGUGAUGGAAAGUGAUCCUAGCCUGCUUAAAGAAAUAUCAGCUGUCGUUCUGUGUAGUGUGACAAUCAGGAGAUUUAGUGAUGAUUUGCUACUUGAUGUUGAUGCUCUGGUUUGAUUUGCUGUGCGUUCAUGUUCUCAUGCUGACUCGUGUGGGUCUGUCCUGCUCUAUCAGUGUUCAACUGAGCCUAACCUGGGCUACAAACCACUAUCAAGGCCAAACGUAUUCAGGUGUUUUCUGUGAAAACAGUGGCCAUUGUCUCUUGUGGGACUCGAUUUUCUUUUUCUUUUGUUGGAUUCACUAUUUUCCCAUGAUUUUAUUUUGAUACAAGUCUAAUGUUUUUUUUUUUUCUAUGAUUGUCGGAGAGAUGUCUAUGUGUCAGAGCGCCGCAUAAACACAAUAAAAGGCACAUUCAGAAAUGUAAGGUGUUUUUCUACAUGUAAAUUAAUAAACGUUACCAAAUUCA